UCUGACCACAGAAUCGGAAAAGAACGACAGCAAAGACAAGACCACAAUGGGACAGCGCCGGGUGAUUUCAUCAAAUUUAUCAAAAAUCCCUUACAAGACGUCCGACAGGAGUAGAAAAACGCAAUCGAUACGCAUUUAAGGACUUAUUGAAGUGGAUCAGAUACACACAGAACGAUCCGAACGACGAAAAGUCAAUAGUUUUUCCUAAGGGAGGAAGUUUAUUGUGGCGAAGGAAAUAUAAUAGACCGGGUAGGCAGGGUGGGUCUGCGGAAAGCAGCCAGAGCGGGGUACAGUCAGAAUACAAACUCACCCACCCAGCCAGACAUGGAGGAGUUCGGGUCAGCGUUGGAAAAGAAUGUGACCGAUUUAACGGUUAUGGACGUGUAUGACAUAGCCGCGGUAGUGGGCCAAGAGUUUGAGAGGAUCAUUGAUCAGUACGGCUGCGAGGCUCUGUCCAGGCUCAUGCCCAAAGUAGUGCGGGUGCUGGAAAUCGUGGAGGUGAUGGUCAGUAGGAACAGCAUCAGCCCGGAGACAGAUGAGCUGAGGCUGGAGCUGGAUAAACUACGGCUGGAGAGGAUGGACCGGCUGGAGAAAGAGAAGAAACACAAGAAGGAGUUGGAGCUGGUAGAAGAUGUAUGGCGAGGGGAGGCCCAGGACCUGUUGUCUCAGAUCGCUCAACUUCAGGAAGAGAACAAGACUCUUCUCACUAACAUGUCCAUCAAAGAUCCCAUGAGUGAAGAGGACCUACAGAGGCACGAAGGUAUGUCGGAGCGGGAGCGUCAGGUGAUGAAGAAGCUGAAGGAGGUAGUGGACAAGCAGAGAGACGAGAUCCGAGCCAAAGACCGCGAGCUCACGCUCAAGAAUGAGGACAUUGAGGCACUCCAGCAGCAGCAGUCUCGUCUGAUGAAGAUCAACCAUGACCUGCGCCAUAAAAUCUCUGUGGUGGAAGCUCAAGGGAAAGCCCUCAUCGAGCAGAAGGUGGAACUGGAGGCGGGAGCUCAGGCACGGGUACAGGAAAUGGGAGCACUCCGGCAGGAAGUUACACGUUUAAGGGAGCGACUGCAAGGAGACAUGCCCCCUCAGGGUCCAGAGGUGCCUCCUCCCCAGCUCCCAUCCCCUGCACAGCCUGGUAUUCCCUCCUCAGAGGCGGGGAUUCAGGGUGUGGGCUGGCCCGAACCAGGCAGACACUACCCCCCAGAGCUGAGGUUGGGGCGUUACGAUCCCGCCCCGCGUCUCCCGUCCCUGGAUGCUGAUGAGGAUGUAGAGGAAGAGGCAGUGUUGCUAUGGGAGGCGAUGUGUGAUCAGGACACACCUGCUCUGUUUCAACAUUUUACCAAGGAGGCACUAUGUGAUGAGGAGGUGGACGGCCUGGACCAGAAGGAUCCCAACAGGCCCCGGUUCACACUACAGGAGCUGAGAGACGUUCUGCAUGAGAGGAACGAGCUCAAGUCCAAAGUGUUCGUGCUGCAGGAGGAGGUCGCCUACUACAAAAGUGAAGAGGUGGAGGAUGAGACCGGGCCUCCCACUCCUUCCCCAUCCCCCGAACAGCUGAGGCCACGGCCCCGACACAACGCACAGCCUGAGUCAGGAAUCAAACGCCUGUUUAGCUUCUUCUCUCGUGACAAGAGGCGGAACUCCCAGCGGAAUGCACAGUUUGAUGACAGCUUCAGCUCGUGGGCGGGGAAUGAUGAGGUGUACACGGAACAGGCCCAGGAAGCUUUGCAGCACAUGUAGUGAUUGGACAGCGUUUGAUGUCACUCAGAACUCUUUCCCUGUAACGUUGCAAUGCACUUAAAGGCAUCGUAAAGGUUAGCUUAUUGCACAGUACACACACCUACAGCUCAGCACAGCCAUCCACCAACUGAAAUACAUACUGACACUGAAAUACCAUCAGCUCUAAGUAACAGAGUCAUUCACCCAGCAUCUAGAGUAGUGAAACCUAACCACCCUGGCUUUGGCAGUAAAAUCCUUGCCUUGCCUUGGGACUGUGCUUAGUGUGCCUGCUGCAGCACAAUGGGAUUGUGUGACAUUUUUGCUUCUAAGUGACAGGAAUCACAGAGGGUUGAGGGUGAAGAGGAGCCUUUCUUUAUCCCAAAGUGAAACCCACCAGAAUUGAUGGAUGCUCAGUGGUUCCCUUUGUGUUAGAACAGGCAGGGAUACACUAGGCGUGUGAGAGAUACACAGUGUCAGGCUUGGAAGGAUUGUGGAACGAGGUGACAGGAGAGCGAGAUAGAGGAACCACACGAGACACUCCAGAUAGAGAAUCAUGGGACACAGAAGAAGAAAGAGGAGGGUUCAAUCCAGUAAAGAAACUUUGAAGACAAGUGGGCAUGUUUUUUUAAUGAUUCAAAUAAUGGUGGCAGUGCUGACCCAGAUGUAGUAGGCUCUGAACCAUCUUUAUACUCCCUUGGUCCUGAGCUAGACCCACCUCACCAGCUAAAAAGUGUGUGAACAGAUGUGGUGUUUUUCUUUUACAGAUCGACCUUGCACAUAAAUUAAUAUGUUACUGGGUGUUGAGAUGGGAUUGCCCAAUUUAAAGAAAAUGUUAUGGGUUUAUAUUUUUCCAGUGGUGAAUGAAGCACAGAAGGUUGUAGUUUUACAAUGUCUUAUGGAAAGACAGUAUUUUUGUUUUGGAAUUAUUUAACUAGAUGCUGCUUGCUGCUGCUUUUUUGUUUUCAGGACUAGCCAAGUGGUGUGCAUAUGAAGCAAGAGAGACAAAAAUAUGCAAGUUUGGCUAACUGUAUUUGAUAUAUACAUGUACAUUUUGAAUGGGCGCCAUGUUGGAACCAAAUGUGACAACACAAACUAAAAACACCAUUGAGAAUGCAAAUUUGAAUGUCGUUGUGGAAUAUUUGGUUUAAACAUGGAUGACAGUUUGCCAAACUCUGUGCCGUGGCUGCAAGAUGGUUUGUGAGAAGUAAAAUGGUUAGUGUGGAUGAGGGAGGUUCUUGAUAAAAUGAGUAGUCCUGACUUCAGCAGUCAGGCAGACAUAACGCCUCAGCCUCACUAUGCUAAGAGAUCAUUAAUACUAUUACUAUGACUGGACAACUUUUCAAUCAUUUAUUUUAUGAUGCAAGACACUUAAUCAAGGCGCAAAACUAGGGCAACACUUAUUUGUGACAAAAGGGAUUGAUAGUCGAGAAAGGUUAUAUCUUGUCUGGUGGCAACAUCUACACCAAAAUGUACACAAAGGGGAAAUAAAUACAGAAUCUAUCCAAACAAGGGAAGAUGAGGGAAGAUGUCAAUAUAUGCAAGACAUCCUUCUUUUGCAACAAACUUUAUGGACCCGCUUCACACCAAGUAGAUUUCUAUUGGAAGGAUUUUAAAUAUGAUAAAUGUCUCAGUUUUCAUACAGCUUGUUGCCUUUUUUUCAGAUAUGCAAACUCAAUAAAUAUGGUGAUCCCCAGAA